UCUGUGGCUGUGAUGAAAUAUAAAAUCAGGAGUAUCCUUUUUAAAUUUUAUUACCCAAACCCUAGCUAGUUGUGUGUCAUUUGCAUCCACAGAUAUUUCUCUCCGUCCCAUCACAAACCGCACAACUCCAGAUCAUGAGUACGGGAGAAGAAAAUUCAGCUCCCAUUCCGAAUGAUCUCAUUGUCCAGGUAUUCUCGAGAUUGCCUGCAGAGUCAGUAGCGAGGUGUCGCUGUCUAUCGAAGCUGUGGGGAUCCAUACUCCACCGUCCAUUUUUCACCGAGUUGUUCUUGACUAGGUCAUGGGCUCGUCCACGUCUCUUAUUCGCCCUUAAACGAGAAGAUGCCUGGAGCUUCUACUCUUUGCCUCAGCGUCAACAUGAUCUACAUGACAAGGCGUCGCCUCCUCCAGAUUUUCACAUGAAGUUCCCCAAAGACAUCAUUUCUCCAGAAUAUCAUGGCUUUACCUCUGGUUUGAUCUAUUUCUCUAGGAAGUCGAUCACACUGAAGAGUCAGGAGGAGACUGUGAUCUGUGAACCUAGAACGGGACAAUAUGCGACCGUACCUAAACUGUUACGGUAUGGGAAAAGCUUUUUAGGGUAUGAUCCUAUUGGCAAGCAGUUCAAGGUACUGUUCAUGGACCAUACAGAUUGUGUUACACAUUGUUCUGACGUUCACAGAGUUCUGACUCUAGGAAAUGGAAUAAUGGAGUGGAGGAAGAUCAAAUGCUCAUGUUCCUUAUUUCAUCAUGUUAUGGAUGAUGAAGGGAUAUGCAUCAAUGGAGUUUUGUAUUUCGCAUCUAAACAGCGUUAUUAUUUUCCGUGUGAUGUGAAGAUAGUUUGCUUCGAUGUUAGGUCUGAGAAAUUCAAGUCUAUUGAUGUAGAAUGGGAUAGUAGUUGGUAUGUUAAAUUGGUGAAUUAUAAGGGAAAAGUUGGUGUGAUUACUUGGAAGGGCCUGUGUGAGUUGAGUAUAUCGGUUCUAGAGGAUGUUGAGAAACAAGAGUGGUCUAAAUAUGUCUACACUUUGCCGGAUAAUAGUAUCCUUGAUUCCUCCAAAGAUUCCAUCGCUGGAGUGACUGCUAGAGGUGAAAUUGUUUUCUCGGGGAAUUUUACAAGUGGACCGUUUUAUGUUGUCUACUUCAGUCUCGAAAGCAAGACUCUACAAAGUGUUGAGAUCCAAGGUUUGGAGAAAGAUCAUGGAGUUUGCGCUUAUGUAGACCUUGUAGAGGAUCUUAAUGUUAACGAUGCAAAGUACCUCAAGUCAAGCCCACGCCUAAAUGUCAUUGCCGUUAGGCCGAAACCACAAGAGCGCAAGCCUUGAUCCUUCAGAACAAGUACGAUAUGUUAGCUAACCUCGACGAUUGAGAACAGGUGCUGGUUUGUUGUGUUGGCUAAUCUAUCUUUCUUUGUCUUUCGCUUGGCUUAGUUAUUUUGUGCCUUUUUUUUUACCAACUUCAUUUCCUAAUUGUGUUACUCAUUACUUGGGAGCAAACAAAAUAUGUUUAGUUUUUUUUUUCUUUGUCUGCAUGCAUCUUUUUUUAUUUAAGUUGGACGCCCAGAGAUAAAUAGAAAAUUACUUUGAUUAGCCAGCCGCGGUAUACGAGAAACUCAACUUUAAAACUUAGUUUCAAAAAAAAUAAAAUAAAUAGAUUUGGUGAAAAGCUUUCGAGGUGGCUGUUGCAGAAUAAUAAGUAUAGAUGCACUGUGCAUGUGUCUUACUUGAACGAGCCUUUGAUUGUCUGAUGGAUGUCUUGAGCUACGAUUCUUGGUUUGAUUACGUUAGGCUAGAAGAGACUGUUGGGAAGGGUAAGACAAAUGUAUGAGAGGGCUAUUGUUAAUGUUCCGGUCUAACUUUAUAGUUUUAUGAAAUAUAUAAACAAAAACUAAUUAUUUCUGAAUGUGGUUAUGUACUUAUGUUAAACACACCAAAAAUAAUUAUGUCAUCAUUCAAGAAACUCAAGAACACAAGAAUCAAAACAAUGACACAAGCAGAAUCAAAACAUAAUCAAUUUCAAAAACAAGAGUCUACAAGUUUGGAAACACAAAAGGAUUACACACGAACUGAUAAAACACAACACACUAAAAAGACACGAGAAAAUAUUCGAAGGAAGAGACUGAUAAACAGACACUCCCAUUAUUUUCUUCUCACCAUAACUAGAGAAACAUUGUUAAGACACUAAGAAAACAAACAAAAGAGGCUAAUUAAUUAUUU